AUGCGAAGUUUCACACUUCUCUGCUGCAUCUUUCUUCUAGUUUUUAGAAUUGAUGGAAAAUUGAAAAGUGGAUUUAUUGGAUCGAAUAAUCAUGAGACAAGUCCGAUUGAAGGAAUUCUGAAAGAAUCUCUUCGAUCGAACCGAGUUCAAGCAUGUGAUGGAGAGAGAAUUACGUUGAGUUGUCCACGAAACACGCAAAUUUCUGUUCAAACAGGGUUCUACGGCCGUGUUGUGCCAGAAAAUCAGUUGUGUCCUCCACAAGCCGGUCGGAAGAUUCCAGAUGCAUUGACAGAUCCACUAGCAAUGAUUCAUCAUUCCAGCACAUGUGAUGUUAUUCAAGCGCAUACGAGAAUAUCCGAACUGUGUGACAAACGUCGGAAGUGUACAGUAGUCGUUGAUUCGAAUACAUUUGAAGACGAUCCGUGUCCAACAACUUCUAAAUAUCUCCAGAUGGCAUAUGGAUGUAUUCCGAUGUCGUUCGAUGAAGAGACUUUUUGUACUCCGAAACCAACUGAACCAUCUCGUCCGGAGAUCCGAUUAGAGUGUCGAGAAGGUAGAAGGUUGGCUGUUUAUUCGGCACAAAUGAAGACGUCACCACAAUGUGAUCCAGAUACUGAGAUAAGACAUGAAUGCGUAUCGGACGUCCUUCCACAAGUUCUUCGUCAAUGUCAUGCGAAAGAAGGAUGCACUCUGAAAAGUGAAGAAAUCAAGGGACACUGUAGACAUGGACAUUUACACGUGGUUUAUGUUUGUGUAAAUGAAGAGAUCUUUUCGGAAGAGGCAAUCAAAGGAGAGUUGACAUCGUUGGAGGCUUAUUUGAAGGAAGCCGAUGCAAUUCAAAAACAAGAAGAUGAACGAUUCUUCAAAGAUGUGAAUGACAAAACACAAUGGGAACGAGUAGUUGAUAGUGAGCCGGCAAGAGAUUCAGAUGUUCAUCAAAUUGCAAAUGAUGCUUCCUACGUGACACACGAUGAAUACCGUAUGGAAAAGCAAGAUCCACCACCAAUCACAGAGAGAGUUGAACCAAAUCUAGUCGGUGUCGGACAUGAUUUACUCCAAGUGGUUCAAUUCUUCAAAGAGAAUAAAGAGAAGGCAGUGAUGUGUAUUGUAUUGGCAGUUAGUAUGGCUGCAAUUGUUGUUUUAUCUGCUUGUAUCAUCACAAGAUUGUGUACUUCAACUAAAGAUAAUUCGAGAAGCUCAAGAAGUUCAAGGAGUCGAAGAUCUCUCGAAACUAGUAAAUUAGUCUCUUCUAAUUACGGUGGUUCCAUAACUCCUCAACACAUGCUUCAAGACAUCGAAGACGAACAAUUCCUCCGAUUUUCGAUGGGAUCUGCGGCAAAUUCAAAUCCCCACUACAGUCAUUAUGAUUUUUAA